AUGUCAGACAUACUGGAGCUGCGGACUGAUGGCAACUCGCUGCUAAAGGCAGUAUGGCUCAGACGACUGAGACUCACCAGGCUCCUGCUGGAGGGGGGUGCAUACAUCAACGAGAGCAACGAGCGUGGAGAGACACCACUCAUGGUGGCCUGCAUGUCCAAACACAGCGACCAGCAGAGUGUCAGCAAGUCAAAGCUGGUCAAAUAUCUGCUGGACAACAAGGCAGACCCCAACAUCCAGGACAAAGCAGGCAGGACGGCCCUAAUGCAUGCCUGCAUCCAUUGGGCGGGCCACGAGGCGGUGGCUCAUUUGCUAUCCAAUGGGGCUGACCCCAGUCUGGAGGACAGGAGUGGCGCCUCAGCACUGGUCUACGCUAUCAAUGCUGAUGAUAAGGAGACACUAAAAUUGCUCUUGGAUGCAUGCAAAGCUAAGGGCAAGGAGGUCAUUAUAAUCACCACGGACAAGUCACCAUCUGGUGCAAAAACUACCAAACAGUACUUAAAUGUUCCACCAUCACCUGCACUGGAGGAGAGCUGUUCCUCUCCCUACUGCACUUCUCCCUCUGACAUUGAGGUCAGUGCAUCUCCCACACCUCAGCCAGCUGAAAAGCAGAACACCGUCUUCAGUUUCCAGACAAAGUUGACUACAUCCUCAAGCUCAGCAGCAAAGCUUGCCAACGGGCCCACCUCUCCGACACGUCGGCCCACUAACCCGAAACGUGCACGUUUGCCUCAGCUGAAGCGGCUGCAGUCAGAGCCCUGGGGGCUCAUUGCUCCAUCUGUCCUGGCUGCCUCUGCUACCCAAGAGAACAGCAGGAGAACCAACUCCGACGAGGAUGUCGUUGCAGGCGUGAAUGGCCUCUCUCUCACCAGGAGGUCAACUCUGUCUCGACAGAACAGUGUCGAUGGCAAGGACAGUUUAUUUCCACUGAUGGGUGAACAGCCCUACAAAAUGACAACCUCACUAUCAGUCCCUCCAGCAUACAAAACAUCAUAUGAGAGGUCUCUAAGCCAGCACCAGCCCCUUGCAAGGCGCAGUACUGUUCCCACUGAGCAUGACAGCUAUUGCUGCAAUAGCGGACCAGCCAGUCUAAGAGACACAGUGCAUAGGAGAUGGCUGGGGAAUGAUCACUAUGACUCAGACUCCCAGCUCUAUUCAGACUCUGCUAUGGUGGACUCUCCUAAGGUCCCAGUGGAGCGGAGGAAACUCAACACUUCACCACUAGCCAUGCUGACCAGUUCUAGGGAAUCCCUGGACAGCAACGCUAGCACAUCCUCCCCUGGCACAGCACGCAGGCGUGUACCAGGUCUCCUGGAGAGGCGAGGCUCGGGGACUCUGCUGCUAGACCACAUCUCUCAUACCAGGCCUGGCCAUCUGCCCCCUCUCAAUAUUAAUCCCAACCCUCCUAUUCCUGACAUCGGGGCCUGUAGCAAGCCCUCUUCACCUCUAGCCACAGGCAUUAGAUCUAUUGCUCCAGUAGCACCGAACACACCAAAGAGAGGUGUCCUCAAGUCUAAAAAGAAACUUGUGAGAAGGCACUCUAUGCAAGUGGAGCAGAUGAAACAGCUUUCUGAUUUUGAAGAGCUGGCCCAUUAG